AUGGAGGAAAGUAUAUUUGGUGAGGAGUUUAUAGAGCAUCUACGUGUAGAGAGUAUAAAAGAGAUUCUUGAUCACAAUUGGUUAAGUGCCUCUGUUAUCACUGUAUUUUCCAGGCAUUUGUAUGACAAGUUUAUUAGUCCAAAUGAAUUAAUAAAUAAGUUCUCCUUCAUAUCCCCACAUGUAUCAAGGGAGGAUAAUCUAGGAAAUGCUAUAGCAAAAAAAAUACUUCUGAAAGAUGAGGAGUACUUCAAGGAUAAGAUGAUUCUUGCACCUUGCAAUCUAGGGAAACAUUGGGUACUACUUGUCAUCAAUCUCGAUGCUGAGGUGAUAUAUUACAUGGAUCCGUUGAAUGGUGAACCAACUAAACAUCAAAAUUUAAAAACCAAGUUUGAGAAUGCAUUGCAAAUUUAUCGUGCUAAUAGUAACUCUAAAGUGCCUAAAGUCUCCAAGUCAAAGAAAAUUUCAUGGUCAAAAAUUCGGUGUCCCCGUCAAAUUAAUAGCAUUGACUGUGGAUAUUUUGUAAUGCGAUUUAUGAAAGAGGUCAUCAUGGAAAAUGAAAUUAUGAUCCCCAUAAAUUACUUUCUUGACCACAAGUGUCGUACCUACUGUAAGGAUAAGUUAACUGAGGUCAAAGAUGAUUGGGCUACCUAUAUGGUGGACGAUAUUUUCGGGAAACAAGAAGCAAUAAUUUUGCCUAGCUAG